GUGAGCUACCUAGCCCGGGCUGCUCUGCCGAAACAUCCAUGGGUGGCUGUGUCGGGAGCCACCACGACUCCUCGGGCAGCUUGAACGAGAACUCGGACGGCACUGGAGUGACUCUAGGACGUAACCAGCCCCUGAAGAGAGAGCGGCCUAAAUGGAAAAGUGACUACCCGAUGACUGAGGGCCAGCUGCGCAGCAAGAGAGAUGAGUUCUGGGAUACGGCGCCAGCGUUCGAGGGCCGGAAGGAGAUCUGGGACGCGCUGCGGGCCGCGGCCAGCGCCUUUGAGAGCAGCGACCACCUGCUGGCUCAGGCCAUCCUCGACGGGGCCAGCAUCACACUGCCGCACGGCGCUCUGGCUGAAUGCUACGAUGAACUGGGGAAUCGAUACCAGCUGCCGGUCUACUGCCUCUCUCCUCCCGUCAACAUGAUCGAGGAGCGCUCCGAUGAGCUCGACGGGUCAGAUUUAGACUCCGGGGCCGCGGAUCCGUCCGGCGACGGCGGCUCAGGGGGCGAGUGCCAGCUUCGGCUCCGGCUCUCGACGGGCCGCGACCUCCGGCUGGCGGUCCGUUCCACGGACACGGUGGGCAUGAUGAAGCGCCGUCUCCACAGUCAGGUGGGCGUGGCCGCUGCAACCCAGCGCUGGUUCUUCUCAGGCCGGCCGCUGACUGACCGGCUGCGCCUGGACCAACUGAACAUCUCCAGGGACUACGUCGUGCAGGUCAUCCUCAGCCAGCCGCCGCCGUCCGAGCCGCCGCCGCCGACAACAGGACACACGGCGGAGGCCUCCGGGCCGGCGGCGGCGGAGGGAGCGGCGAAGAUAUCGCAAGAGCCGCCGCCGGUGGAAAAUUAACUCCUCCCAACCUGGCAGCCUGGAAGGAGGCAGAGGCCGUCAGAAAGAAAGAGGAUAACAAGAGAGUCCUCUCCUCUUCUCUCCUCUUCUCUUCUCUUCUCUUCUCUUCUCUCCUCUUCUCUUCUCUUCCCUUCUCUCCUCUUCUCUUCUCUUCUCUCCUCUUCUCUUCUCUUCCAUCAAUUCCCUUCUCUCCUCUUCUCUUCUCUCCUCUUCU